UUCCCGCCAAAACCGCAAAAACGCAUUUUCCCGCCAAAACCGCAAAAACCUAUUUUCCCGCCAAAACCGCAAAAACGCAUUUUUCCGUCAAAACCGCAAAAAACGCAUUUUCCCGCCAAAACCACAAAAACAUUUCCCGCAAAAAUGCUAUUUUCCGCGUAAACCACAAAAAACAUUUUAUCAUUUUGAUCAACUUGAUCUUAACUUAAAAAUAAGGGCAAAUCUCCAAAAUAGCACAUUUCUAAGGUGGGGGUAUUGGAUUUAGAAAUUUGAUAGAAUUAGAAGGAAUUAUAGUUUCCAUUAAAUUCCACUGUUAUUCAAUUAUUGAUUUCAUAAAUUCUUUUAAAUUCUUGUGUUAUUGGAUUAAGCAUUUGUAAUCAUUUUUUUAGUUACUUUAAAUUCUGUUGUUAUUCAAUAUUUGAUAGAUUUUGUAGUAAUGUUAUUUGAUAAGAAUUUAAUGGAAAAUUUCCAUCAAAAUACAAAGAACCAAUUCUUUGCUUUUGUGGGGAGAUUUGUUAUGCUCGUGUGAAAACACAAUAAUAACAUCUCUCUGUACUUUCAUUUGUCAAAAAGUACGUUAAAAUCUCAACAAACCAUUUUUAAAAAACGUUUUUUUUAUUUAUCAUACUCAACCAUAUAGCAACGAAUCCCUAUAAAAUAGUUCUUAUCUUUUUCUUAAAAAAACAAAACCUAGAUCACUUCUCUUAUAUAUACAUCACUGCGUAUCCAGUCAUUCUCAAAGCAAAAAAAAUCAUCAAGAAAAAGUAUAGUUUUCCUAAAAGUUAAACUACUAGUUUUUGUUUCUGUUAUCAUUACUUCAUGGCGUUUUUUCCAGUAGUCUCCAAUAGUUUUUGUCUAUCAUGAGUUUUUAUUUCUGUAUUUUAUAUGUUUAUAAUCACUUACGUGUGUAUAUAUCAUAUAAUCUGAUUUUAUAUGAAUGUGAAAGAUGACUAAUAAAAGUAUAUUAUUUCUGUAUUAGGAUGGAAACUGGAGAACCGUCACUACCAAAAAAAGCUAGAGCUGGAUAUCUGCAAUGGACAUCUCAAGAGAGUCAAUUGUUGAUGCGCCUUCUAGUUGAUGGUAUCAGGCGGGGAUGGCGUGAUUCAAAUGGCUCCAUGACCAAAACAACAGUCGAGGCGAAGAUAUUACCGGUUCUAAACAAACAGCUUCGAUGCAAUAAGAGUUACAAGCAUUACACAAAUCGAAUGAAAUCUUUGAGAAAAGAAUAUAAUGGUUAUGCUGAGCUUUUGCGAUGUAGCUCUGGUUUUGGCUGGGACCCUAUCACAAAACGAUUCACAGCUCCAGAUGAAGUAUGGAAAGAAUAUUUUAAGGGACAUCCAAACUCUGAAAAUAUGCGGGACAACACUUUUGAAGAUUUUGAAGACUUACAAAUCAUUUUUGAAAGUGCUACAGCAAGGGGAAACAACUCAUUUGGACUCGGUGAUGAUGCAAAUGCUGAAGCUUUUGAAGUUGAGAAUGAUUUUCAAGAAAAAGAAGAUGAGAUUCAUACAGAGAAUGUCAUUGAAACCAAUGAAACCACACGUAGAGCUUCUAAAGAAAAGUUGCCUUCUAGGAAGAGAGCGAAACCCAAUGGUGAUGGAGAUGCAUCAGGGUCAAUUAAUCCUGGUGAUCGUUCUGAAAAGGUGCUAACUGAAAUGAUUGGAGUGAGCACUAAUAUCAUGAACCUUAUGCAACAAAGAGAAGAAAGACAUCAAAAAGAACCUGAAGAAAAAGAAGCUGAAAAGAGAAAGAAUAAUGUAUGGGAUGCAAUCAAAGAGAUUCCUGACUUGGAACAGGAUAUAUGCUAUGAUGCAGUAACUAAAAUUCAUACGUUGAAUAUGAAAGACGUAUUUCUUAGGAUGAAGGUUGAAGAACGCUUGGGUUGGAUCCGACGUAAUGUUUAGGAUAUUAUUUUAGGCUUUAGCUAUGCAUUUAAUUUGAUUUGAAUAAUCGUGCUACUAGCAGUAGUCUUUCUAGUUUUUAUUUGAAAUAAUGUCUUUUGUUUUCUUCCAAUAAUAAAAAGUCUAGCUUUUUUAUGUGUCAUACUUGAUCAAUUUGAUAUCCUUCAUGUGGUUUUAAGUAUUUUGUGUUAAAAAAACUAUUUAAAUAUAAGUGAUUGCAGAAAAGUUCACAUGGAGAGGGAAAGAGAAACAUACGCAGCAUGAAAUCAUAUUUGCAAGUAAACAACAUUUGUCGUAGUAUGACAUUGUGUUCUCUUGAUAAAUUCCUGGUGUUAUUUCUUUAAUAUAAAAUCCUUUGAUUUGUUAUCAUACUAUCCCCUAAAAAUAGUGUUGGUUGUAGAUGUAGUCAACAAUAUCAUACUAGCCCUUGAAAAUAGUUUUUAUUGUAGUCAACUAAUAGCAUAUAAUCCCUACAAAAUAGUACCUACUUCAAUUUUAAAAUUUAGAACUUAACGUUACAUAUUUCCUAUAUAACCCAUAUAUCAAAGUCAAAAAUCAAAAGUAAAAGAGAACCUCAAAAACCAAAUUUCAGUUUUUUAAAGAUUCAUUUUAUAAUCCUUGGUUAUUUUUUCAUGGAUCAAAAUUUCCACGAAGAAGAAGACAUCUUGAUGGAUAUCGAUCAAACAAAUAAUGAUGAUUUUGAUGCAAGCCUAUUUCUUAUGGUGGUGAUGGUUGCUAUCGGAGCUCAGUUUCAAAACUCAAGAAAGCGUAUCAUGGGUCAACAUUUCAUUGAACGUCCACUUCGUCGACCAGUCACAAACCUUGGAGAACAAUACAUACAAAAGGUAUUAAAAGAAGAUUCUAAACAUUUUCGGGUGUUGUACCGUAUGUUUCCAGAUGUAUUUCUGAAGUUAUCCAGUAUUCUGAGAGAGAAAGCUGGUUUACAAGACACGAGAUUCAUAUCUGUCGAAGAGAUGCUUGCAAUUUUCAUGCUUACUGUUGGGCAAAAUUCACGAUAUUGCUCAGUAAAGGAUACAUUUAAAAGGUCCAAGUUUGCAAUAAGCACUAGCUUUAAUCGUGUUUUGAAAGCUUUACUUGUCAUAGCUCCAAGCCAAAUGGUGAAACCAAAUGGUUUAGUUCCUAUGAAAAUUAGAGAAAGUACACGAUUCUAUCCAUAUUUUAAGGUACAUUAUUUCAUUUUUUAUUAAAUUUUUCUGCUAUUUCAUCUUUGUUAUUUUUUUUUUUAAAAAUGUGAUUUAACCUUUCUUUUUAAUUUAUUUCAGAAUUGUGUAGGGGCGCUAGAUGGUACACAUAUACCUGCAAGGGUAGUUGGACGAGAGGUGGCAAGUUAUCGUAACCGAAAAGGAACAAUAUCACAAAAUGUGUUAGCUGUAUGUAACUUUGAUUUGGAGUUCAUAUAUGUUCUUAGUGGAUGGGAAGGUUCAGCACACGAUUCAAAAGUAUUAAAUGACGCUUUAACUAGAAGAACAAACAAUUUCCAAGUACCAGAAGGUAAAAAUUUACAAUUUAUUUAUAAAUUAUAUGUCUAACCAUUAUUAAUAUUUAUCUUUUAUACAUUUUAGGUAAAUUCUAUCUAGUUGAUUGUGGCUUUGCAAAUCGAGUCAAUUUUUUGGCUCCAUUUCGUGGUGUUCGAUACCAUCUACAAGAAUGGACUGGCCAAGGACGUGAUCCUAGCACUGCAUCCGAAUUAUUCAAUCUUCGUCAUGCUAGUUUGAGAAAUGUGAUCGAAAGGAUAUUUGGAAUGUUUAAAUCGAGGUUUGCGAUUUUUAAAUCUGCACCUCCUUUUUCUUACAAAAAACAAGCUGGAUUAGUAUUAGCAUGUGCAGCGUUGCAUAACUUCCUUCGUAAAGAAUGCCGAUCAGAUGUUGCUGAAUUUCCUGCUGAAGAAGACACUCAACAAUCUGCAACGACUACGAAUCAAGUUGUUCAAGAGCCUUUAGGAACACAAGAGCAAGAUAGAGAAAAUGCAAAUACUUGGAGAAAGACUAUAGCAGAAGAUAUGUGGAGAGAUGCUACGAGUUAAGAUGAUCCAUAGAUUUUAUUUAUUAGUUUUAUGAUUUUAUAAUAAAAUUGCUACACUCAAUAAAAUAUUGUAGUACUUAUUA